AUGACGCCUUCUAAGUUUAAGAAUCGCUGCCCUGUAUGUCACCGGCCGUCUUGGCGCCUGCGACGCCACUUGGAUGACGUUCACAGCGUCAGGAACGCCCUGGAGCGAAGGAUCCUGCUGGCGUUUGCCAGAGGGCGAGUGAGCGUUCGCGGCAUGAAGUGCCCCGUCGGCGGCUGCUCGUACGGCGGGUCAAGGGUGGCGCAGCACCUCCAAGACGCUCACCGUGACCUGGGUGCCAAGGAGAAGAAGCGCCUUUUGAGGAAGCUCCAGUGGCGCAAAACGCUGCGGCAGGUGAGAGAACUUCGGGCCUCGGGUCCCGACCCGCCUUUAGCCACCAGGUUGGACCUGGAGGGUUCACGGGGCAGCGAAGCCGCCGACGCCGCCGCCGCCGCCGCACCCCCCCCUGCUUCUCCCCUUCCCUCGCAGGGACCGAGCGCCAGCCCUCCACGUUCCACCUCGGCGGCGGACUCCACACAGCGGCCGGAGCCAUGUCUUCUUCCCGGCGGCGACGACGACGACGACGACGACGUGCCAUCCGCGGACUCGGCGGCGACGACGACGACCGGAGUGCCGGAGGUCGAGGACGAAGAACCGCAGGCCCCGUCCUCGAGCACGGUGGGUAGGCUGAGUACAUUUCCUGCAGUCAUCCGUGGCUACCUAGAAGAGUACGGCCGGCACCUGGCCGGGGCAGUACGCUCGCGAAAGCAUGCUGAAAAUGUUAAGUCAAAGAUGGGUCGAAUUGUUGCAUUCCUCAGCUACAUGAGCCGUGAUAAGACCGAGCUGGGCUCCUGGCGCUUCUUGGAUGACGCCGGACGCAUAAUGGCCUGGCCCGCCGAACUCACCGAGCGGGAGCGGAAGGCCGUAACUACCGUUAAGGUCUACCUGGUAAACACAACCCAAUUCCACGUAUACUUCAUGGAGACGCCUCCGAGAAGCUCCAGGCUGUCCAAGCGGCAGCUCGUGUCCGUGAUGAGAGCUCUGAGGUCGGCUACGUGCCAAAUCGGAACGAAGGUGGUGCUUCGGCAGAUCAAGGUCAAGUCCGAGAAGCUACAGCGCUCCGUAACGCCCGAAAUUCUCCGCAGAUGCAUCGCAAAGUGUCGGGGCUGGAUCCCCAAACUCUUGCUGAGCUGCUCGCAAAAGAAGCACGACGUGGGACUGAGGCACCUGCUGUUCGGGUUCUUCGGCCUUUACCUUAUUUCUCUCUACGGCCAUCGAGCCGGAGUGAUGACCAACCUUACCACCGAAGAGGUCCUGGAGGCCGCGAGCGGGGCCGUCUCUUCCUCUCCGGGGGUCGUACUCAAUGUAAAGAACCAUAAGACUGCCCGGGUGUUUGGAUGUGCUCAGGUCUUUCUCACCCACGAGGAACUGGGCUGGAUCCAGCGGUGGAUGGAGAUCCGGGCUCGGCUACGUCCGCAGUGCGAUCUGGUCUUCUUCAAUACCAACCAUCAGCACGUGAACACCAUCACUGCGUUCGCCAGGAACGCGUGGGCAGCGAUGCUGCUGCCAGGGAGACCCUCGCUUACCGACAUCAGGACCGCGGUGGCAACGAUGUGCAGGAACACCCACUCCAGUGAUGUCCGGACGCAGAUGGCCCGGGUCAUGUGCCACGACACCCGCACGGCCGACCGAUUCUAUGCGAUGCAGCUGGAUGUCGGCCAAAUGGCGGAGAUGAGGCGCAGAUUUGCCCAGUGCAUGGGAGAAGAAGCUGCAGAAAGUUCACAAUAAACUUUGAAUAAUGCA